AUGAACAGCAGCACAGGCACCAACUCUUACGUGGUUCCCGUCAUUCUCUGGAAUCGCCUGCAAGAAGAACUCAAACAACUUAAAGAAAAUGUAGCUGCUUCCACCGCCAAGUCCCAAGCKGGAGGAGCCAUCGCCGGAGUGGAUCGAGAUGGGAACGUCCGCAUGAACGAAUUCUUGCACACCAUGGCCGUUCAACAGUCGUUGCAGCAAUCCCCCAAGGUGGAAUUCGUCAAGUACGCGGAUAAAAUGGUCAAACAAGUCAUGUCCGAUCCCAGUCUCACGCCCGACGAGCGUGUUCGCUUCAUGACCAACUAUGCGGCCAGCUUUCAAGACCAAAAAGCCAUGGCUCAAAAAGGACUUACUCCUGCAGCGGCUCCUGCCCCAGGUCCUGCUCCUGCGCCUGCACCUGGUCCUGCCCCUGGUCCUGCUCCUGGUCCUGCUCCUGCUCUUAUUCCUGGUCCUGGACCCGUCGUUGGCACCACCCCUGCUUGGUCUCUUCCUGCAGGACCCUCGGGAGUCAAGCUUGGGCCUGGAAGCGUUACUCCUAAAGGUACGGGUACGGGUACGGGUCCAGGCCGUGGUCGUGGUCGUGGUUAUACAGGCAAAGGCAAAACCCCACUCAAACGUCAAAUCAACUUUGGGAAUGUGGCCGGCACGUCUACUCCGCUGAACAACCUCAGGCCUCAACAAGUCAAGCAGUUGAAAAAGGUAGACAACCUCAUCCAAGCCAUCGAUCAGAAGUCCAGGAAAAUUGCUCAGGACAACAACUUGACCCCUGAGCAAAAACGCGCAAAGCAAGGCGUGCUCACGCGCGGACGUACCAAGUACAAGGUGAUGCGAAACGACAUCCUCAACAGUUAG